AUGCAAUCAAUGCGGAACUGUAUUCCCAAAAAAGUGAACAAACUUCCUCUCAGGAGAAACAAUGUUGGAAAAUUCAAGAAAAGAAAUCACCACACAUCAUGGUGGUCAGAAGUGCCAAUGGCUCCUCCUGACAGCAUUUUUGGGAUGGUAGCAGUGUUCUUAGAAGACAAGCAUCCCAAUAAACAAAACUUGACUGUUGGAGCAUAUCGAGACGACAACGGAAAUCCGUAUGUACUUCCUUCCGUACGGAAAGCAGAGGAGAAAAUGAAAUCAGGAUAUCCGAGUGAGGAGGAAGAAUUAGGAAUAGGAUCCGAAGAAUUUCGCUCAAAGAGUUUCGAGUUCGCAUUUGGGCCAUGCAACGAGAUAGCUGAAAAUGGUUUGAAUGCUACUGUGCAAACUCUUUCUGGCACUGGUGCAUUGAGCCUUGUAGCAAAGUAUAUAAAGGUGCAUUUUCCACAAGCGAAAGCUAUAUACCUACCUCAACCUACUUGGGGAAAUCACGCAGGUAUUUUCAGGCACGCCGGGCUAGAUAUUCAGUAUUACAAGUAUUUCGACUACAAAACUUUUAGAGUGGACUUCAAGGGAAUGUUUGAAGCCUUCUGCAGCAUACCAGAUGGGUCGGUGGUUCUGUUUCAUGCCUCUGCACACAACCCCACCGGAGUAGACCCUACCAAAGAAGAGUGGAUGGAGAUUUCAGAGCUCGUGAAGCAGAAGAAAUUCUUCCCCAUCUUUGAUAUGGCUUAUCAAGGUUUCGCGAGCGAAAACCCUGACGACGAUGCUUUCCCAGUGCGUCAUUUUGCGAAGGUCGGCAUAAAGUUAGCGUUGGCCCAGAGUUUCUCGAAGAAUCUGGGUCUUUACGGUGAAAGAACCGGUACUCUCACGGUUUUGGCUGGCUCCAGAGAGGAACGAGACAGAAUCCUGUCGCAACUGCAGUUUAUCAUAAGAACGACAUACGCGAAUCCUCCAGUUUACGGCGCUAGGAUUGUCACCACACUGCUAUCAGACCCGCAACUGAGAAGCCAAUGCCUGGAAGAGAUGAAAGGGAUGGUGAGGAGGAUAGUCUCUGUGAGGAAGACCCUUCGCGAUAAUUUGGCAAAGGAAGGUUCGAAACGUAAUUGGGAUCCCAUAGUGAAGCAGAUUGGGAUGUUCAGCUACACUGGCUUAACACCAGCACAGGUUGACAAAAUGAUUAAUGAUCAUCACGUUUACAUGACUAGAGAUGGUCGCAUGUCGAUUGCCGGAGUGUGCUCAAAAAAUGUGGAAUAUGUCGCACGUGCUUUGCAUCAAGUAACAAAGUAG